UUGUAGCUUGUCAUGGAGUAACCUUCCUUUCUAUAAAUCUUUGCCUGCCCCUGCAAUGUUUAGGAACAUAAGUGGAUUUUGAGAGAGAGAGAGAGAGAGAGAGAGAGUGGAUGAUAGGAAUGGGGAAGCUCUCUUCGUUUGCAUUGGCACCACUAGUCCUUUAUUUUUUCAUCUUCUCUUCAUCCUUCUUCCAGCAAGCAAAUGGGAACGCUUCAAACAGCAGAGAAACAUUUGAAAUCAUCAUAGGCGGUGGCGGCUCCCCCUCUGCCUCCCCUCCUGAACAGCCAGAAUGCCCCCCUCCAGAGUCACCCCCACCGCCAGAAUGCCCCCCUCCAGAGUCACCUCCGCCACCUCCACCUCCACCUCCACCUCCACCACCACCUCCUCCUCAUCCGCCGCCGCCGCCGCCGCCGCCGCCGCCACCGCCACCGCCACCUCCAUCACCGUCGCCGUCGCCGCCGCCGCCACCUCCUCCUCCGCCGCCGCCACCACCACCUCCUCCUCCGCCGCCGCCACCACCACCUCCUCCUCCGCCGCCGCCACCACCACCACCUCCUCCCUCUCCCUCCUCUCUCCCAAUUGAACUCAAAAGGGCCAUCCGAACUAUCCAGAGAUUCAAGAAAACAGUAACGGACGAUCCCAUGGGCAUCACGAAAACGUGGAGAGGCAACAGAAUUUGCCGGGACAGCUCAGUUUACAAGGGCUUCACCUGUGCGAAAAUCCCCGGAGACAAGAAGUUAAGGGUGGCCGCUGUCCAGUUCAACGGCGCCCACUUAAAUGGCAAACCACUGAACCUCGCUGGCUUCAUUGACGAUCUCAAAGACCUGACCAUCUACCAUGCGAACUCCAACAACUUCACUGGAGACAUACGCCCCAAAAUUGCUCAGCAACCCUAUUUAUUCGAGCUAGACUUGAGCAACAACAAGCUGAAAGGGGCAUUCCCAGCCUCUGUUCUUCUUGCCACCAACCUCACCUUCCUGGACCUCCGGUUCAAUUAUCUCAUCGGCUCAGUGCCGCCUCAGGUCUUCAGCAUGGACCUCGAUGUCCUUUUCCUCAACAACAACCAAUUCAGCGGCCAAAUACCUGGAAACCUAGGCAGCACCCCAGUGCUUUACCUCAACUUGGCAAACAACAGAUUUACUGGUCCAAUCCCCAGAAGCAUAGGCCAAGCUGCAAAGUCGCUGACUGAGGUGGUGCUCUUGAACAAUGGGUUGUCGGGUUGUCUUCCAUAUGAAAUUGGAUUGCUGAAGGAAGCAACUCUCUUUGAUGCCAGCAAGAACAAGCUGUCAGGUCCCAUCCCACAUUCUUUCGGAUGCCUGAAGAAGAUGCAAGUGCUGAACUUGGGCUCAAACCAGCUCUAUGGGUCAGUACCGGAAGGAUUGUGCAAGCUGAAGAAUCUGUAUAACCUUACCCUGAACAACAACUUCUUCACACAGGUUGGGCCAGAAUGCCGCAAGUUGAUCCGGAGGAAAGUGCUUAAUGUAAGCAUGAAUUGCAUUUUGGACCUUCCGUCCCAGAAAACCCCGGCUCAGUGUGCCCACUUCUUCUCGAAGCACAGGUCCUGCCCAGAUCCAAAGUCAAUGAGUUAUGUACCUUGUCAUAUUGAUCAUUCUGCUGGGCAGGAAACAUCUGAAGAAGAUCCACCUCCUGUGCCUUCUCCAUCUCCUGCUUAUGCUGCUCUGCAACCACAUCCCUGAUGCACCUGCAAGCAAGACAAAUCCUAUUUAUCCUUUUCCUGCAAGCAAGACUAUCCUAAUUCUCUAUUUCCUCUUCUUUUCUAUGUAUCACAACAUGCUGCUCCGCGUGUUUUAUAGUCAUGUAUCAAUGCAGUAAUAAUGUAUUAGAACUAUUAAUUUCA